AAGAAGAAUAAUAGUUGGACUUAAAGCAGUCCUGGCUGGCUGGCUGGCUGGCGUUGACUGAAUUUACUAGCACAUCAGGAAACUCCCAACUCUCACCUUUCCUGCUUCCCAAUAGUAAAUGACACUCUACGUGUUCUUUAAUGGGCACUGGUCCCUGUCGUAGAAGCGUCAACCAUCUCUAAACCCCAACCUACCUUCCAUAAAGCCUCAGAAUUCUAGUCAUUUUAUAUAUGCCUUUUGAGCACAACAAGAAAACCAGUUCACAUCAUCACUCUUUAACUCUUUCAAGAAAAACCCAAGUGUUUUAUUCACUUUUUUGAAGGAAGAAAGAAAAAAAAAAUACAAACUUUUGAAUUACCCACCAUCAUGAGUAGUGAAGAGAAUAGUUCAAGCAAUGGAGUUCAGAUCCGGCAGAGUAGGAGAUUGCCUGAUUUCUUACAAAGUGUCAACUUGAAGUAUGUUAAACUGGGUUACCAUUAUUUAAUAAGUCAUCUUUUGACACUUUGUUUGGUCCCUUUGAUGGCUGUUAUUAUUGUUGAGGCAUCACGGUUGAACCUUGAUGACAUCCACCAUUUAUGGCUUCAGCUUCAGUAUAAUCUUGUCAGUGUCAUUGUGUUUUCUGCUUUCCUUGUGUGUGGGUCAACCGUUUACGUCGUGACCCGACCAAGAUCCGUUUAUUUGGUGGAUUAUUCUUGUUAUCUCCCUCCUUCACAUCUCAAAGUCACGUACCAACAGUUCGUGGAACAUACCAGGCUGAUGGGUGAUUUUGAUGAGUCCUCCUUGGAGUUUCAACGCAAGAUUUUGGAAAGAUCAGGACUUGGAGAGGAGACUUGUGCGCCUGAAGCAAUGCAUUACCUUCCUCCAAGACCAUCAAUGGCCGCUGCAAGACAAGAGGCAGAGCAGGUGAUGUUUGGCGCAUUAGAUACUCUUUUUGCUAAUACUAAUGUUAAGCCAAGAGAUAUUGGAAUUCUUGUCGUUAAUUGUAGUUUGUUCAAUCCAACUCCUUCAUUAUCUGCUAUGAUUAUUAAUAAGUAUAAGUUGAGGGGUAAUAUUAGGAGUUUUAAUCUUGGGGGUAUGGGAUGUAGUGCUGGGGUUAUAGCUGUUGAUCUUGCUAAAGAUAUGUUGCAAGUUCAUAGAGAUAGUUAUGCUAUUGUUGUUAGUACCGAGAACAUUACACAGAAUUGGUAUUUUGGGAACAAGAAAUCAAUGUUAAUACCAAACUGCUUGUUUAGAGUUGGGGGUGCUGCAGUUUUGUUGUCAAAUAAAUCUGCGGAUCGAAGGAGGAGUAAGUAUAGGCUUGUUCAUGUGGUGAGGACACACUGUGGGGCCAAUGAUAAGGCAUUUAAGUGUGUUUAUCAGGAGCAGGAUGAUGCUGGAAAAACUGGAGUUUCUUUGUCUAAGGAUUUGAUGGCAAUUGCUGGUGAUGCACUAAAGACUAACAUCACUACAUUGGGUCCCGUUGUUCUUCCAAUAAGUGAGCAAAUUUUAUUCUUUGUGACUUUGGUUGCCAAGAAGUUGUUCAAUGCAAAAAUCAAGCCUUAUAUCCCAGAUUUCAAGCUUGCUUUUGAUCAUUUCUGCAUUCACGCUGGGGGGAGGGCUGUGAUUGAUGAGCUUGAGAAGAAUUUGCAGCUUCUGCCAGUACAUGCUGAGGCUUCUCGUAUGACACUCCACCGGUUUGGUAACACCUCAUCGAGUUCAAUUUGGUAUGAGCUGGCCUAUACAGAGGCAAAGGGCAGGAUGCGUAAGGGGAACCGUGUUUGGCAGAUUGCUUUUGGAAGUGGUUUCAAGUGCAACAGUGCAGUUUGGGUGGCCCUCCACAAUGUGAAGCCCUCUCCUAAUAACCCCUGGGAAGAUUGCAUUCACAGGUAUCCAGUGCAGCUUAGUCUGUAGCUCGAAUACAAGUUGGUUAUUGAAUCUUAAUUAGACAAGGACAACCUGAUGGAUUAAUCAAGCAAUUUCUAUGUUCAUUUCUUAAUUGCUUGAAUUUUAUUCUUUGUUUAAAUGACUGGGUCCUGACGUCCUGUAAUGUGGUGAUCUUUGGUCUCUUGGAGGUUGUAAUGAUAAUCCACAAAUAUCUACUUCUAUACAGUUUUCAGGCAAGCAUCGAAUGUAAGACUCUAUGUUUCAGACGAACAUUUCAUCAAAUGGCUAACCAUGCUAUUGACUGAAAUCUUUUCAUCCCAAUUUAAAUUGAAGCCAAUGAAAUCAAAGCUGCCAUGGAAUCCCAUUUCUUGGUUUCAACUUUCGUUCUUUUUUAUGAAGUACAUUCUGGCUCUGCGUUGUCUGUAAAGGCAUUCAUUGGCUCGUUGGAUAAUUUCUUUAACCUUCGGUUUGUGAGAUGCUAUUGACCCAUCUUCCCCGCUAUAGUCUGUCAUGUUCAAGAUCAUUAUUUAUUCAAGACGUUUCAUUAAACCUUGCUACCAUGAGUAUCUCCACGUGCUCCUUUCUGACAAACUUUGCUGAGGACUUUGUCAUUGGAAUUUUCAGAUGCAGAGGUGUGGAAUUUAUAUAUGUUCUUAUAUGGCUAUCUGAUAACACCACGAUAGACCAUAAUUCAGCUUCCACCAUGCUCGACCACCAUUUUUAUCUGCAACUGUUUCGUUUUUCUCGACACAUUGGUCAUAUUAAUUACCUAUACUUGUUGAUUUAGAAAUCUAUUACUAAUAUUUUGCUUAUAACUUUGCUGCGUCUCCCUAAAAAUGGGGAAAUGAAUCGAUGUGACAAAAGCAAAAUUGUGUUCUUGGCAUUCUUCAAUACGAAUGCUUUGAAAAUUGCCCGGCACGUUAAAACUUUAAGAUGGAGUUCAUCAGGAAGAUACUUCAACGAUAGGCUCCUCCUCAUUGCUAUCAGUUGUCUGCUUUUCACUGGAUCAUCGGUUUAAUUCUGAGUCUUUUUCAGAAAUCGGAAUGAAGCAAGCUGGCUUUAUAACCUCCAUUGGAACUUAGCUUGAGAGAGAAUAGAUGGGAAAAUAAAUGAAUUAAUUUCUCCUUGUUUCGUUUG